AUCCUGAGUUACGAUGUGGACCUUGAAACCGGCACCUAUGCCGGUUCAAUUUUUCAAGGGAGUAAUCGGAUCAAUCUCCGGUGGCUACUCACAUCCUCCGCCGCGUAUUGAGAACGAAAUUCAUCAUCGUAACAUCCCGAGGAAAUCACAAACAUCUGAUUCAGAGUCCGUCUGCGGUUUAGGCAAACAAAUUUUUGUCCGGUCCGGAGAAUCGAACCCGAACAAACCGUCUCCAAAUGAGAAGGAGAUUAGUGGAUCAGAGGUGCUCUUGGCGAUUCAGAGAGCGACGGCUCAGAGGAAGAGAUCGAACGCCGAUAAAAAGAAGAAGAUAAGAGGUGUGGAGCUAUUAUCCACUGCGGGAGAGUCCACCAGAGAUAAUGGUGUUGAUUACAGUAACGUGAGGCCCUUAAUGAUCAAGAACGAUUGGGGACAAAGAUUAGACGAUUUCGAGAAGCUUCUCAAAGAGUUUCAAGACAUGGAACUUUCACUUUGACUUAAAAAUAUUCACCGGUAAUAUUUCUUUGACGAUAAGUAGUACAAAACAAUUAUUUGUAUGCCCACCACAACGAAGUUAUUUUGAUUACGGUUGGAAUCACG